ACAGCCCCUUCGGAGCAGCCAUGGAGGACGAACCGCUGGGCUUCGAGCACAUGGGUUUGGAUGCGCGGCUCCUCCAGGCCAUCACGGACCUGGGCUGGUCCAGACCCACGCUGAUCCAAGAGAAGGCCAUCCCGCUGGCCCUGGAGGGCAAGGACCUGCUGGCCCGGGCCCGCACCGGCUCCGGGAAGACCGCGGCCUACGCCGUGCCCCUGCUCCAGCACCUGCUGCACCGGAAGGAGACGGGGCCCGUGGUGGAGCAGGCCGUGCGGGGGCUCGUUCUGGUGCCCACCAAGGAGCUGGCCCAGCAGGCCCAGACUAUGAUCCGGCAGCUGGCGGCCUACUGUGCCCGCGACGUGCGGGUGGUCGACGUGUCCGCCGUCGAGGACUCCGCGACCCAGAGGGCGCUGCUGAUGGAGAAGCCGGACGUGGUGGUGGGGACCCCGUCGCGUGUGCACAGCCACCUGCAGCAGGGCGGCCUGGUCCUGCGGGACUCCCUGGAGCUGCUGGUGAUGGACGAGGCCGACCUGCUCUUCUCCUUCGGCUUUGAGGAGGAACUCAAGAGCCUGCUCUGCCACCUGCCCCGGAUCUACCAAGCCUUCCUCAUGUCGGCCACCUUCAACGAGGACGUGCAGGCUCUCAAGGAGCUGGUCCUGCACAACCCGGUGACGCUGAAGCUGCAAGAGUCGCAGCUGCCGGGCCCGGAGCGUCUACAGCAGUUCCAGGUGCUGUGCGAGGCGGAGGAGGACAAGUUUCUCUUGCUGUAUGCCCUGCUGAAGCUGAGGCUGCUUCGGGGGAAGUCGCUGCUGUUCGUCAACACCGUGGAACGGAGCUACCGCCUCCGCCUCUUCCUCGAGCAGUUCAGCAUCCCCGCCUGCGUGCUCAACGGCGAGCUGCCUCUGCGUUCUAGGUGCCACAUCAUCUCCCAGUUCAACCAGGGCUUCUACGACUGCAUCAUUGCGACAGAUGGGGUGAUUCGCCGCGAGCGAGCCCGCAAAGGAGAAAAGGCUUCGGAUCCGGAGGCGGGGGUGGCCCGCGGCAUCGACUUCCACAACGUGGCGGCCGUGCUCAACUUCGACCUGCCGCCCUCCCCCGAGGCCUACGUGCACCGAGCGGGCAGGACGGCGCGCGCCGACAACCCGGGCACAACCCUGACCUUCGUGCUGCCCGCAGAGCGCCCGCAGCUGGCACGGAUCGAGGAGACUCUCGGCGGAGAGAGCGCGGAGCCCGUCCUGCAAAACUAUCAGUUCCGCAUGGAGGAGAUCGAGGGAUUCCGCUACCGCUGCCGGGACGCCAUGCGUUCCGUGACGAAGCAGGCCAUCCGUGAGGCUCGGCUGAAGGAGAUCAAAGAGGAGCUGCUCCACUCGGAGAAACUCAAGACGUACUUCGAAGACAACCCGAGGGACCUGCAGCUUCUGCGCCACGAUCAGCCCCUGCACCCGGCUGUGGUGAAGCCGCACCUCAGCCACGUCCCCGACUACCUGAUCCCCCCGAAAUUGCGUGGCAUCGCCCGCCCCCACAGCAGGCGGAAACGCAAGAGGCCUUUGUCUUCCCAGAAGGGCUCCGAGACUCGCAGGCCCAAGAACCCUCUCCGCACCUUCAAGUAUACGGGGAAGAAACCCCCCGCAGCCAAACCUUCCUGAGCCCACGGGCCCUGCCGGGAGGACUUUCGCCGGAACCCGGGCCGGACCAGGGGCAGCCAGAGGGACCCCGGGGACCGACCUUCCCGGGGCACUGUGGAAGAGACCCUGCUGCCGCCGUCACCGCCACUUCAGAAAAGAGAAAAGAUGGCCAGGCCGGGCCCUUCUCGCUUGCAGGGUUGCGGGCGGCAGCCGGUCCUCGCACAGCGGGCUGCCCGGGAAGACCGGGCCGCUGGCCGCCAGGUGGCGCCGUGUAUUGCGUGGAGCCCCGGCCGUUCUGCCCCGGCCCGGGCGGGGGGCUGCCCCGGACCACCCACCCCCCCUCCCACCCCACCCCCCACCAUGGGGGCCAGUGCCGGCCCACUCUGGCUCUCGGUGCAUUCCUGUAGCUGCGGCACCCCGGCCCGUCCUGUUGCUGCCGCGGGAACCUGGACUCUGGGCGGGCUUACGAGCGGUGAGAGGGCUCUGUGCCCGGCUGGCUUUGGCCUGGGCUCCUUGGCUGGUGGCAGGGGAAGCGGGUGCCCGGGACCCGCGGACUCCCGCCAGGCCACAGCCCGGGACCUCCCCUGCCAUGAUGUUCCACCGGUGGGGCCGCCUCAGGGAGGUGGGGGACGGCGGGUCCGCAGUCAGCCCCUCUUCAGUCUCUGCUUCCCUCGAUUUGGGAGGCGGUGCCGGGGUCACAAGGAAAAAUUCUAUACGUUGCAUCCACACCCCUAUCUCUGGCCACCCUCGGGCUCCCCGACUCUCUUCUCCUCGGGCCGGUCAACCGAGCGGUCACCGGCAUCGAACGGGCCCCUCUCUGUGUACGCAGCGCGAGGCUGAGCUCGAGGAGAGGGCCGAGGAGCAUCCAGGUCCGCGUCCUGCCGGCAAGGAGUUUACCCUCUCAGGGGUAGGGGCACGGUGCAGAAUCAUUUAUGGGUUGGGGGAAAAGGAAGUGGAAGGUGGGUAGGCGAAUAAAUGUGGAUUUAACUUGA